GCAAAAGCACAACAUAAUACAACAAUGCCGAACGGGCCUGUCAAUGGAAUUAAAGUCGGGUCUAAUGGUUUCUCACUUUGGCCUAGUCGUGUUGAACACCGCAUCACAUUAUCCUUUUCCUUCAACUCUUCCUGUGAAAACGAUCCACACAAAGUGAUCAAGGUGGUUGCUAGUGAUGGAAAAACUGGAGAAGAGUUUGAUUUAUCUUACACUGUUACCAAAGUAAUUGGAAAUGGUUCCUUCGGUGUAGUAUUUCAAGCAAAGCUAAUUAAUUCAGGUGACGAGACCGCAAUAAAAAAAGUACUUCAAGAUAAACGGUUUAAG